AUGUCGCACGCGCGCAUAGAAGAAGUAUCCGAUAGCGACCCCUCAGAGGGGGAUAUCUCUGACGUCUCGGACGACUUCGACGAGCGAGAAAUCCUGCGAGCUCGCCCUUCCGCAGUACCAAAACCUCAGGUUGCACCAUCUCUCAUUAAUCCAUCGAAUAUUCCGUCCUCGGCUGGCCCACGAACACAUACCGCCCCAGAUGGAACGCAGUUCGUUCAAGCAGAGGACCAGUCCAAGUAUGCGAGCUUCGAGUGUCUGUAUCCAGUGUACUUCGACGUGAGCAGGAGUCGGCGCGAGGGCAGGAUGGUGGGCAAGGAAUUGGCAGUCGAGAAUCCCCUUGCACGGGAAAUUGUCAAUGCAUGUGGACGGUUAGGACUGGAGACGCUGUUCGAGCCCACGAAAAUACAUCCUAAGGAUUGGUCCAAUCCUGGGCGAGUGAAGAUCAAGCUGAAGGGUGGAAGGAACAGCAGUAUCAAGAACAAACAUCAUCUCUACACUCUUGUCUCCGCCCAUCUGAAAGCCAACCCUUCAACUCACGCUACUGCCUCCCUCGUUCGAGUCCCAGGCGUUCCACCUCCCGACGCUACGAAAGAAUACCCACAACCUGCUGUUCCCAAACGCUGGAAAAUGAAUACUCUAUUGCCGCACUACUCGCCAGCUUUGACAGGUGGCGGAGUAAGUGAUAACUUUUUCAAAGACAUGAUGGCGGAGAUGCAAGGUGCUGGAGGUGCUGGAGGAGCUGGAGGAAUGCCUGGCAUGCCGGAUCUGUCUGCUAUGCAGGCUAUGAUGGGUGGUGGAGGUGGAAGCGCAACGCCACCACAAGGGGCGAUAGAGGGGAAGAAGAAGGAUAAGAAAAAGAAGAAGUGA